AUGGUGAACAUGUUUAUGCAGAUAUUUGAUAAAAAAGGAAAAUAAGCUAAUCUCUGUUUACUAAUAUCAGGUUUAAAAAUAAUUGAUCAUUUUCUUUUUUUAUUUAGAAGAAUAAUACAUCUAAAAGUGAAAAUUUCUUAUUUUGUAUAAAAUGGAUUUUAUUAUCAUCUAGAUUUUGGAAUAACAAUUAGUUAUAAUCUUAUUUAGUAAACUAAUAACAAAAAGUAAAGAUUAUGUUGUCCAAUAAAUUAAUUCAUUAUUUGGUUUCUUAAUUUUCAAAAUUAACUUAGUAUUUUGUUAAAUUAUGAAUGUAAAUUAUAUUUGAGCAAUUUAAAUCGAAUUUUUAUUAAAAAAGAUUAAUAAAAUAAAGAAUAUAUAAGAAGUUGA